AUGAGUUGUAUUCUUUCGGUAAAACUUGGAUUCUUGGUUUUUGCUUAUGCUGUAGCGAUCUCCAUUGCUUAUACAGGAGCAUAUCGUAUUGGUGUGAACUAUGGGAUGGUGAGUGACAAUAUUCCACCACCAGGCCAAGUCAUAUCAAUGUGCACAUCAAGGAAUAUCCGGAGACUUCGCUUAUUUGAACCGAAUCCAGCUGCUUUAGCAGCUCUAUCAUCAUCCGGGAUCGAAGUUAUUCUCGGUACUCGAAAUGAAGAUCUUCCAAAACUAGCGGUAGACCCAUCAUAUGCAAAAACAUGGGUAGAGACGCAUGUACUGCCACACAUAGAUACUACGCUCUUUAAAUACAUAUCGGCAGGCAAUGAGGUUAUACCUGGUAAGCUUGCAAACUAUGUAUUACCUGCAAUGAAAAAUCUGGAUGCGGCUCUUAAAUCUGUGGGUCGAAAAAUCCCAGUAAGUACAACUGUACCUUCGAAUGUGUUGGGGAUAUCAUAUCCACCUUCUGCUGGGAAAUUUUCACCCGUGACGGCUCCUGUAAUGGAACCCAUCGUAGCAUUUUUGGCAUCAGAAUCAUACCCUCUACUUGUCAAUGUAUACCCAUAUUUCGCCUAUAUAGGUAACCCCAAGGACAUAAGUUUGGAUUAUGCAUUGUUCAAUUCUAAGAAAGUUGUUGUUAGAGAUGGUGCACUCGGGUACAAGAAUCUCUUUGAUGCUAUGGUCGAUGCAAUUUAUGCAGCUCUAGAGAAAGCCGGCGGUUCUACUGUUAAAAUUGUUGUUUCGGAAACUGGUUGGCCUUCAGCCGGAGGUGAUGGAUUGGUGGCAACUAUCAAUAAUGCUCAAACGUAUAACAGAAAUCUUAUUUCUCAUUUAGCAUUGUCACCAGGGACACCGAGACGACCCACACAAGAUUUGGAGACAUAUAUAUUUGCAUUAUUUAAUGAAGAUCUCAAGGCUGUUGGCACUGAGAGGAAUUUUGGGCUUUUCUACCCAAACAUGACAGAAGUCUACGGCGUUAGCUUAGAGGGCCCUUUUUCUCGGGCGUUCGGCCAAUAG